AUGGCGGAAAAAGGGGAAUCAUCGAAGAUGGCAGCGCUGAAUGCCGCUGAGGAAUUCGAAACUCACGAAAGGGCCAAAGCAGAAACGAGUGAGGUUCCCAUUGAAGAACUGAAGAAGCUUACAAUCACGAAGGAAGAAGAAGAAGAAGAACCGACGAUUAAGCUGAAAACUUCGGACGGCAUCAUCUUCUACGUGGAAGCUUCCGUCGUGAAGCAGAUGCAAACGGUGCAAGCUGUGAUUGACGACGUAGGAAUUGCCCCCGACGACGUCAUUCCUCUGCACAACCUAACCUGCAAUGAACUGGGCAGGAUUCUGGAGUACCGGGCGAAGCGAAGCCGUGUUGGCAGCGACCCGGUGACAUUGAGAAAAUUCGACGAAAAGUUCUUCUCGACGCUGACGGCUGACCAGAUUAGGGAACUGUUACUCACUGCUAACUAUCUCAACAUGAGUCACAUGAUGGAUGCGAUAUCCUGGGCAAUUGCAAACUUCCUCAAGUACAAGACCGUUGAGUUUACGCGGGAUUUCUUCGGCAUCAUCAGCGAUUACACGCCGGAGGAGGAGGCGGCGUAUCGUGAAACCAAUGCAUGGGCAUUCCGAAACAUCGACAGGGAGUCAGGUAAUUUAGAGUUUCCGUCGUGA